AUGGAUGGUAUUGGACAAUGUGGAGGGUCAGCAGGUUCCAAAAACGGAGGCACCGAACAGCACGGCAAGCGUGCCCUUCCCUUCCGAGGGUUCAGUCUGGCCCGGGUCUCCCUCAAAGGGAACGGCGGGGACACUAACAGAAUGCGGAAAUCUGUUGGGAGUACCCACCUGGAUGGCUUCCCCCUCAUCGGACCAGGAGCCCCCACCCCCGGGGGCUGUGGGACCGGUGAGCUGAAGACCGCCGGGGCCUGUGAUAGCAAUGUGGACGGCACCCCGGACACAGCCCCGAGCGCAGAGGACUACAGCAGCGCUUAUGAGCAAACAUUCAUCCAGGCCCACUUUAGCAACAUGCUGCAGCCCGGCGUCAACAAGUUCUCCCUCCGCAUGUUCGGCAGCCACAAGGGCGUGGCCAUGGAGCAACAAAGGGUGAAAUCCAUGGGAGUGUGGAUCAUCCACCCGUACAGUGAUUUCAGAUUCUACUGGGACUUGCUGAUGCUCUGCCUGAUGAUGGGGAACCUCAUCAUCCUGCCAGUGGGCAUCACUUUUUUUGAGAAUGCGAACUCCCUCGCCUGGAUCAUCUUCAACGUGGUGUCCGACACCCUCUUCCUUGCGGACCUGGUGUUCAACUUCCGCACAGGUAUCCUGAAGGAAGACAAUUCCGAGAUCAUCCUGGACCCGUUGAUCAUCCGCCGGCAGUACCUGAGGGGCUGGUUCGUGGUGGACUUCAUCUCGUCCAUCCCGGUGGACUACAUCUUCCUGGUGGUGGACCUGGAGGUGCUGAUGGACUCGGAGCUGUACCGCACAGCUCGAGCCCUGCGCAUCGUCCGCUUCACCAAGAUCCUCAGCCUCCUGCGGCUGCUGCGUCUCUCCCGCCUCAUUCGCUACAUCCACCAAUGGGAGGAGAUCUUCCACAUGACCUAUGACCUGGCCAGUGCGGUGGUGCGCAUCGUCAACCUGAUUGGCAUGAUGCUGCUGCUGUGCCACUGGGACGGCUGCCUGCAGUUCCUGGUGCCCAUGCUGCAGGACUUCCCAGAAGACUGCUGGGUGGCCAAAAACCAUAUGGUGAAUAUUACAUGGAGCGUGCAGUACUCCUACGCCCUGUUCAAGGCCAUGAGCCACAUGCUGUGCAUCGGGUACGGUGCUCAGGCCCCACAGUCCAUGACAGACGUGUGGCUUACGAUGCUCAGCAUGAUCGUGGGUGCCACGUGCUACGCCAUGUUCCUUGGCCACGCCACCACCCUCGUCCAAUCCCUCGACUCCUCCCGUCGACAGUACCACGAAAAGUAUAAGCAGGUGGAGGAGUACAUGUCAUUCCACAAGCUACCUUCAGAUAUGCGUCAGAAGAUACACGAGUACUACGAGCACCGCUACCAGGGCAAGAUGUUUGAUGAGGAGAACAUUCUGGGGGAGCUGAGCGAACCACUAAAGGAGGAGAUUGUGAGCUUCAACUGCCGAAGCCUAGUGGACAACAUGCCGCUCUUCGCCAACGCUGAUCCCAACUUUGUCCUUGCGGUGCUGACGAAGCUGCGCUUCGAGGUCUUCCAGCCGGGGGACCUCAUCAUCCGCGAGGGAACGGUGGGAUACAAGAUGUUUUUCAUCCAACACGGCUGCGUGAGCGUCAUCACCCACAGCAAUAAGGAGACCAAGCUCAGCGACGGUUCCUACUUUGGGGAGAUAUGCCUGCUGACAAAAGGACGUCGUACGGCCAGUGUGCGCGCUGACACCUACUGCCGCCUCUACUCCCUCUCGGUGGACAGCUUCAAUGAGGUUCUGGAGGAGCACCCAAUAAUGAGACAGGCUUUUGAGACCGUGGCUGUGGAGCGCCUGGAUCGUAUUGGAAAGAGGAACUCUAUCUUGCUACGGCGGCCUUCACAGAGGGCAGCAGUGGCAGGGGUCAGGAUGGUGAAUAAUGAUGCAGGUGGAGGCACUAAGGGUGGAGGAACAAGGGAUGCAGGAGCGUUGGUCUCCUUGGACAGUGUCCUUGUGCAGAAGAUCGCCAAACAGGGCAGCAAUAUACCCAGGUCCAUGGGCAAUGGCCACCCCUGCCCCCAGAUGCCAGCAGUGCAGGGUCUGUCCAGCAGAGGGCAGCAGAGCCAUUGUUGCCCCAUGGAAGCAAGCAUUCUCAGGGACCUUCAGUUCUGGGUGGGCUGA